AUGGGCACCACGGACGUCAGGAUCGAUGUGAAGCUCAACAAGCACGUCUGGAGCAGUGGUAUCCGGAAUGUGCCGAGGCGCGUCCGUGUCAGGAUCGCACGCAAGAGGAAUGAUGAGGAAGACGCCAGGAAGAGCUCUACUCUCUGGUCACCGUUGCUGAGAUCCCUCCGGAAGGGCCUCUCUGGUCAGGAUCGCAGAAGCAGAGGAAGUGCAUGCAUUUACUUAUACAGUUUGUGA